AUGGUGGUUUCAACAGCCGGCUGGUUCUUGAAGCCCGGUCGUUUGCCUCGCUACAUUUUCAACUACCCACAUUCGGUGCUUAUCGUGGUACGAGUCUUUUCAACGGUAAGGCAUUGAUACUACUAUAGUAAAAUUUACUUUAAAAUUGAAAAAAUGUAGUUUUUUGCUUAAAAUUUGAAAUUUGAAAUUUUUUUAGAUUUUUAAAAAUUAAUUUUAAAAAUUUUUUGUUUCAAAAUUUGAAAUUUUUUGAAAAUUUAGCUUCUGUUGAGUGUAGAGUAUAUGUUCAAGUUUCAGCUAUGCUCAAUAUGCACAUUGAUCAUUUGGAAUUCGGCGAAACGCCAGUUCAGCCACGAUUCCGGGUUUCGGCUGGUGGCGGUGUUUGAUCUGCUCAGUCUUUUAUGUAUAUUACUCUCCUUCUGGUUCACGAUACAAAAAUUCUACUAUGUAAAGUUGGUAAGCUAUUUUGAUCUCUACUUCAUAUACUUUGAAGGCAAAUAUAUUACACUAGAUUUAUGUCAAGCUCUCUAGAAGCCAGGUCGAGGUUUUUGAUGCUACUUUUUAAUGUAAAAAAAUAUUUAAAAAUCUUGCAAUUUCAGGAUGCUGUGUUCAGUUUCACCUCAAUUGUCUUCAUUUUGGCCGGCAUCGCUGUGACAGGGUCUGUUAGUGAGGAUGUUAAGACCAACGAUUUGUUCUACAUUAUUGUAAGUUGUACUAGACAGAGCAUAAUAAGUCGCAGUAGACAUGUAAUAAACGUGAAACUUUUUAAAAAAUUAUUUUUGGCAAAGGCUGUUUUUCAAAUUUUCAAAAAAUUAAAAAAUUGGGGAUAUUUUGGGUAUAAAAUAUUUUUUAAAUUUAAAAAUUCAAUUUUUAAUCAUUAAAAUCCGCCUUUUAAAAAUUUUCGCCUAAAAACGAGUUUUUAGAUUUGCCAUUUGUACCUUCUAAUAGCUCAACUAUUUUCAUUUGGCUGGGCUAUAUUGUGCACAAAGAACACGGCUAGCAAGUUGUUCAUUUCCAACUGGGGGCGUGGUGUGAAUCCGACCGAAAUUGAAAUGUUAGAGGAGGACUUUUGA